UUUUUGUGUGAAGAUCUUUGACGACGUCUUUCCAUAAAGCCAUUGUUUGGUAUUAUUCUCCUUUCAUGAUCGUAGGUGGCCAUCAUCUUAUAAUAGAGAUAAAAAAAAUCUUUGUUCAAUUCGGCGUCUUUACUGUGUCUUUCGUCUUGCCUACCAUUUCUACUCCGGAAGCACAGAGCGUUAAAAAGUGCUGCUAUUGGCUUUUCAAGUAAAGCGUUUCUUGAUGUUCGAAAUUUAAAUUAAACUUAAAGAAAAAACAAACCUAGUUGAAGUUCUGUUCAAUUUUUCCUGUAAAGUAUAAUGCGGAAUGUACGCAAUCAAACGUGAAAAGUUAAAUGGAAUACAUAAAAUAUUCUCCAAUCUAAUGGAUACGACAUUCAGAAUAGCUUUGCCUGGUGUAAACAAUCAAAAUUACAAUCUAUACACAAACACAUAUACGCAAGCACAGAAUAAAACUUGUUGCUUUACAAUCAUCACAUUUCGCAAGUUACAAGUGUGAAGCAAAAAGCUGUAAAGUAAUUUCAAUUUUGAUGAUGUUGCGACUGUGGAGUAAUGGAAAAUUUUAUUGAACGAACGUCAUUUGCUGCUUUUAAACAAGGAAAUUUUUACUUCUGGCUAAAUUGUUUGGCAAUAAACACAAAGACCAUUUUAUAAUCCAAUGUCUGAAUAAUAGAACCGGGCCUUCUUCCUUUGUGAAGUAAAAAUAAGUCCAAGUGUCUGCCGUUUGAUGGGCCACCGUAUACGAUAAUAUGAUAGGAUAAUUCAUCAUGUGUUUGCCAUGUUUUACACUCCUGUUCCACACUAUCCACCGAUAACCCGUCCAUCGAGUCCUUUCACGACCCACUGUCGAUGAUUAUUAUUUACGCUGUCUCAACUAUUGCACUCCACUACCGUUGCCUCCGCACGGCUGCGCACUAUUUGCUGUUGCAAAUGUGCAUUUAACCAACAGGCACGUCUUGACCAACGCAACACACUUCAUUUGUAGCGUAAUGUUGUUCGCAGCAGAGAAUGUUAUCGGCCAUCGUCAUCAUUGUCAGUUGAAACUGAAGCGAACGUCGAGAUAGUACUAGACUUUUCUUUGCCGCGGUCCAUCAAUGUUUAUUACCUGUGGAGCAUUAAAUUUGAUGCUGGCCCAGCUCGGUAUCGUUCACCGUCCUAUUGGAAUAUCGACGAACAGACCACAAGGCUUAGAUUGGAAAGCGUGUUAGCUUAUAGAGGGAUAAGGCUCUGAUCCUGUGGCUGUGAGGAAAUCGUAAUGUUAAGCGAAUCCCGCAAAGUGGCAAACAGAGAUAAAGAAAAGUCAGCAAGACAACGAAUUAAUUAAAUUUAUCUCUUCCUCUUGCUUUCUUAACGGUGACACUUUGCGAUUAGCUUUACGAACCUUAGUGAUCUUUACCUUUCGGCUUUCUCUAUCGAGAUGCUGCCUUUCGGAUAACUUAAUUCUAACAAAUGUUUAUUUUUUGUUCUGGUAGUCCGUUCUCAGCAAUGCGAGGGAUUACGAUUUUCAAGUGAGAUUGAUGGAGGUCUUGGACAUAACUAUAGAUAGGACUGCGUGCGCCUUGAAUUCCGUUUCGUUUUCUUUCCCUCCUAAGGAACUUUAACCUUUCGGUUUGUUUCAAGAUUUGAAUAAACUUUGAGAAACGCUGCGGAACAUAUCUGUUGCCAAGCGCUAUAUUAUUGUGCAUCUAAAAAAUCUACUUAAAUGUAAAACAAAACAAAUCUAAACGACAUGUCUCAGAUGGUUGACGCAUUUUUUCUACGCGAAAGUUCGUGAUUUGCCAACCAUUCGUGGACAUCGGCUAUAAUUACACUUUGUCAUCACCGGGCAUGACAUUGUACAAAUAGCUUCAGUUUUAUGUCUUCAGAAACUGAAACAACACUUUAUGUUGUUUACAUUUUCCGCCAAAGAAGCGAAUCCUUUACAGGACACGGCCACCACGCAUUCCUAUCGUUCGACACGAACGAUAAACAUUCAUCAUAAACCUAUUGCUGACCUAUCGGUUUUCCAAGGCGACCUUUGAUACCGUUAUCAACUGACGACCGGGAACAACGAUGAAAGAUUGUGGUACAAUGUUUUUCCUGCGCCUAUGGUUACAGUAUGUUUUUGCGGAUUCCUGUAUCACUGCAAAAAGGUGCUAAAUCUCGCUAGAUUAACGUUAUCCUACAAACUGUGUUGUUUAUUGGGAGUGACUAGACAUGAUGGCGCGCCUGAGAAUAAAAGAAAAGUUUAGAAAAACUAAAACAAAGUGAUCAGUAGGGUGACUUGAUACAAAACAAGCAUAAAAAUUACAUACAGAUUAAUGAUAAAAACUCUUAAGCUGUUUACUCUUUAAGAUUAGUUUAAUUUUUCAACAAUUUAAAACUUUUAUUUAUUUACAUCAAAUUGAAAUUUUGUCAAAUUAAAUUCCUUCUAACAUUUUUAGCCCACAUUUCCUACCAAAUAACGCCCCAUGGUUUAUAUGAAAAACAAUCCCGAAACUGAUACUUUCUGUUUUGGGCGAUCAAGAUUCCUUCCAAAACCCGCACUUGACGCGUUACGUCUCAGUUUGGCCUAUGGAUCCCAGUUGGAAUAUUGCUGUGUCGCGAGAAAAUUGAAACCAAAUCGCUUCAUUAACCCACCGAAAAAAAAUCUUACUAGGCUAGAUGGCAGUCGAUAAAAUUUCCACAUCGGCAACAGAGGUUUUUUUUUAGCUUCGACCUCCAAACCUAUGCUCAUCCUAUAACGCUCCAUUAUCUCCUCGCGUAGGGUUUUUUGUUUCCUUUUUUGUCUCUCUGUCGUUGUGUGUGUGUUUGUAGCUAAACUAACACAGUGCGUUCCAUUAUGUGUAUUCGACAAUGGUGAAACUUAGUUUAAUCCUGCCUCCUGACACAUACAUUGAAUGUUUUCCUUAUUUGAGGGACGUGAUGUGUUUGUUGAUCGAAAGGGAGAGAGCAUAAAUAAGAGGAAAUUACGUUCUUCUUAUUUGAUUGGACGAGUUCAGUAAAUAGUAAAUAAAUGCACAUAUUUUGCAUUGCAUCUGAACUAGGUUUUUUUUAUUUAUUGUAUUUACACUUAAACCUGUUUCGUGUACUCAGCGAUUCAAGCGUUUGUUCAGCGGUGUAUGUGGCUGUGCUAAAUAUCUUUGAUACCCAAAUUCCUCAAAAGAGAAUUUUUUUUAAAUUUUUUUUCUGGUUUUUUUUUUACUAGUAAAAGUGUAUAUAGACUUUAAAAUUAAAUUGUGUAUACCACCUCUAUAAAAAACGUUUAUUAUAAUAGUUGAAAAAAAACUAAAACAUGAUCGUAAACAACCAAACAGGCAAUAAAAAUAUUCAUAAACUUUAAAGAAGAACGUUUACUAUGCAAUAUCACCCGUAAUCGAUGGGAUAUAAGUGGACAGCCAGUAGUUAAUCAUUUUAUGACCAUUAUUUCCCCUUCUUUCAAUGGUUUCACAAUAAUUAUACUCUGUGUUGUGCCUCAGGUUGUAAACAUUAAAAUACGAAACGAUAGGACCUAUUAGUACAGUCCCAAUCCAACAAACUGCUAUGAAUACGUUAAAGUAUUUGUGUAAAAUGUGGUAAAAAGUUUACAGAACAAAAUUUUAUGUUACCACCUCAACAAAUAAGUGUCUUUAAACAUUUGUUUUUUUAAACAUACUGUAUCCUUUAUCAAAAACUCUAUAACAAAUUGAUCUAUCUGCUAACUAUAUCUCUGUUGCAGUGUAAACAAUGAAAUCCCGCGUCAAUCACACCGACAGCUCCUCGAUCAAAUCGAUCAGCUCCGAAGAUGUCAGCACCCAGCAGCACUAUCAUGGCAAUAUGUGCUGCAGUGCCGAAGCAAAAAAUCCCGCCUUCAAACGUGGCCGCCAGCUGCAACAGAUGCAGAUGAUCAUUCUUCCGUUCAUACCGAUACUCGCACUGAUUGUGCAAACUUCGUACGAGAUGAUCGAGAUCGUGAGCUACCGGAUGGAGGUGACGGAGAUCGAAAAUCAGGUAACCAUGGCGACGGACCUGGGGAAGGUAGUGACACGGCUGCAGCAGGAACGAUCGGAUGUAGCAUUCUACAUCUACACGAAUGGUAUUACCUUGCGCCGAAAUCUGAACGACACAUUCUUUGAAACGGAUCUAGCGCUGGACAAUAUGUCGUCCUGGCCAGACAUUUCGAUACGUACCGUACAACCGAACAAUGGAGAGGUAACGUGGCUAAACAUGAGCGAGUUUCGCGAGACCCUACAGGAAUUCCGAGCAAACAUCAGCACAGAGGACAGCACGGUGCCACAGAUUUUGCGUUGGUACACAACGGCCAAUGCUGCCCUGCUCGAGCAUCUUACCAACCAGAUAAAGGAUGCCAAUAAGAGCGGCGUGUGGCGAUUUCUGCUCAGCUUUAAGAACCUGCUCCGCAGUAUCGAAAGCCUGGACAUCUCGUCGGUGUACGGUAUAAAUUACUACGGUCGUGGAUAUCUCAAGCCCGAUUCGUACAUCAAGUACGUACAGCACGAUAUCCUCGGGAGGGAUCUGUUGAACGGAUCGUUGCAUUUUGUACCGUCGUUGAAAGUAAUUUACCGGAACAUAACUCUCACGAUGCGAAGCUACGGCAACAUCACCCAGUGGAGCAAAACCAUCCAGAAGAACUUGCGGCGCGAAGGAAAUGUGGCCGACGCACGCUCUUACUACGAGUCUAUGGCGUACUACAUCGAUGAACUGCGGAAGCUGCAGAGAGCAUUGCGAUCGAUCAUACGCAACGAGGUCCAGAAGGUGCUUCAGUCGGCAGACAAUAUGGAAACAUUCGGCAUAGCCAUCCUGGUGGUCGUCCUUAUUGUGUCCCCAAUCAUCAUCAUACUGGUACGGAAUGCGGCCGCCACCAUACAGCUCUACGCCAUUAAUCUGGCUCACAAGGCAAAGGAGCUGAAACGAGAGAAACGCAAAUCCGACUCGCUGCUGUUCCAGAUGCUGCCCCCGACGGUGGCCACUCAGCUCAAGCAAGCCCAAACGGUCCCGGCGGAAUACUACUCGGCAGUGACGAUAUUUUUCAGCGAUAUCGUUGGCUUUACCGAAAUUGCUGCAGAAUGUACACCGCUGGAGGUGGUCUCGUUCCUGAAUGCCAUCUACCGGAUGUUCGACGAGCGUAUUGAGUGUUACGAUGUGUACAAAAUCGAAACCAUUGGCGACUCGUACAUGGUGGCUUCCGGAUUGCCGGUGAAAAACGGUGGUAGCUUCUAUUUCAUGAUAUCUUCCAACCCCAAAAAAACGGGCAAAUCUCAAUUCGUUAACGAAAACGUUUUCUUUUUUCUUGUGGUGUUUGUUUUUUCCCCUUCUCUUCUCUGCUUAUUUGCUUGUUCGUUAUCUUCAUCACUGCCUUAUAUCCGGUCGCUUUUUCCGGGCAACGGUGGAUGGAAAAUGGCAGGCAACAAACAUGUAGCGGAAAUAGCAACAAUGGCAUUGGAUCUAUUGGAUGCUUCCGGGUACUUUAGCAUCCCACAUAAAGCCAACGAACCGGUACAAAUACGUUGCGGUAUUCAUACAGGACCGGUAGUAGCCGGUAUCGUGGGCACAAAAAUGCCGAGAUACUGUCUGUUUGGUGAUACGGUUAAUACUGCCUCCCGCAUGGAAUCUACCGGCGAAGCUUUAAAGAUUCACAUUUCUGCCGAAAUGAACGAAGCCCUAGUCAAGGUGGGAGGAUUCAAGACGGAGCACCGUGGAUUGAUCGAUGUGAAAGGUAAAGGGUUGAUGGACACGUACUGGUUAACUUGCAAGGAAGGUGCAACGCCGAACAAUAGUCAUGGCGAGGUGGCUUGGUUUGCCGAUAUGAAGCCGGUGUAUUUAAAAAUAGUGUAAUGAUGAAACACAAUCGAUUGCACAUGCAAGAGAGCACGAGAACAGGUCCGUCGUGGCGACGUUUGGGGAUGAGCUCGGAACGGCAGCAGCAGCAGCAGCAGCAUCCAUCGAGGGAAACCAUUAACUCUCCCCCGAAAGGGUGUUUUUCAUGGCUAUGUUUUUUCGUGCUUUUCUGAGCUGUUUAAUAAGUUUGCUAAAAUACUAGGCAAAUUAUGGUGAGAAGCUUAAAACGAAUGUUACUUUGUGCAUGACAAAAUUUACAAUUGGCUUCAAAAAUUGCAUCUGUCUAGGCAUCAUAAAGCAAGUCUAAUCUAGAAAUGUAAUAUCAAAAUACAUAUUCCGUUCGCUGUGUCGCCUGUUAUAACCAUGUCAAUAUGCUUCCUAUACAUAGAUGUGUAUCUGCUAAUCCACUGUAUCUGUUUAGUGAAGGAGUAGCAUAAGAAAUCGUCAAUCGAUUCCAAUCCGUCACAAAUUGUACCAGAUGUUCAAUGUAAGGUUUCCAAGAAACGCACAAUACUAUAGCGAGAAACAGAAAAAAAUAUAUAUUUA